AACGCGGGAAUGGGAAAUGCGUGCGUAAUGUUCGCACGAUUGCAGGAACGAUCGCUGAUUUCUCCGAUGGACUCGCGCGCGGCGGCUCGAACAAUUUCACAUUUAAUACGUAGAAUCCUUUCACGCAUACCUGCGACCAUCAGUCGCGACGAAAGGACAUGACGAUCCUUGAAUCCCGCGGAAUUCUGCCUUCGCAAAGAACAAUUUAUUGCGGAAGAGCCGAGUAGAAAGGGAUUCCGAGUUCUUCACCGUUUUGAGGAAUUAAAAUUUAAAAUGUGACUAUUCUUCUCUUUCUCUCCCUCCCCGCUUCCACCGCCCCGUAAACAGCGAGAGAGAACUCAUGUGCGAGUGAAGACUCGAAAGAGAAAAUUAUAUCUCAAUAGUUGGCUGAGAUUCGCGAUCGGAGUUCGAUCGAGCGCAGAAAAACCGCGCGCGCGCGUGCGAGGUAGACGUUACCGCGAUCACGAUGUUUGUAUUGCGUGAUUCUCCGCAGUAAGCGAGCGACCGAUUAUGAUUUAUUAGCGGUCACUUUCUUUCUCCUUACGGUAACGGAAACCGCCCACGCACGCGAGCACGCGCCGCCGAACGAAGCAUGCGCGCGGGAGAUUACAUAAGCGCGCGAUCUUAAUUACGAUCGAAUCACAAUUCGAAACAUCCUAGAAUUUCUCGUGGCAUAACGACGCGCAGCGCAAGUUGCGGAGCAACCGCGAGCGACCGUCGCGGCACACGACGGCGUGUGCGCGCCGUAAGACGAGUGACUCGGGUAAUAACUGGUUAUUACAAUUUAACGACACGGAAGGCGGAGAAAGUGCAUCUGGGGGCCGAAGAAAGUAUAAAAUCACGGUGAAUAAAUAAUUGCGAUAAACGCGUCGCUGAAGUGUCGCCGCCGCGGGAGCGUUUCGAUCGCGGUCCCGCGAGACGCCGCUCAUUAAAUAAAUAAUACGUAAUCUAAUCCGUAAUGCGCGCGUGUGUGUACGUGCGCUGCAAUUCAUCGCUGUGUGGCUUUUUUGUGUCAUUUAAAUAAUAGCUCUCCAUAAAACUUUGUAUCACAGUCGUCCUGUGAAGCCGCAACACAUCACUUAGGACUUACGUUGAGAGAAAAAAUAUUUAAAUGAAAAUAUACUUAUUAAUAAAUAUUUCUUUACUUCUUAGAUAUUUUUUCUCAAUGUAGUGACAGUCAUUACCCAAAACUCGUCUCAAGUGAGAUAUUGAUUUGAGUUUAGAGUUAGAUGUGAAUUUAGUCUAAAGUUAGAUGUAAUUUCAAUUGCGAAUAUCAUGAUACACGUGACAUUACAUUUGCAGUUGCGAUUUCAUUGGGAAACUCAGAUCUAAUUUGAAAUUCAGAUCUGGAUAUCUCAUACAAGUUUCAAGUAACUACUAUUACUAUUAAUACGGGUUUCAGAGCUGUAUUAAUAGUCAUUACUUGAAACUUGCCCUAUGCGAGAUACUCAGAUCUGAAUGUAGAGUUAGAUUUGCGUUUUUUGCUUCAAUCAUAUAAUACGUGUGAUACCAUAUUUGUAAUCGCGGUUCAGCUGAUAAAGUCACGUCUAACUCUAUAUUCAAAUCUGUGUGUCUCACCUGAGGCAACGUUUCAGGUAACGAUUAUUAAUACGGCCCUCAGAGUCGAAACGUCACACGAUUGUUAUGGAGAAUUUUUUUUGUAUCGUUAUAUAUAUAUAUAUAUAUAUAUAUAUAUAUAUAUAUAUAUAUCACAGACGCACACACGCGCACAUGGAGCGCGACGUAAUUUUUAUGACAGCUGAAUGCGUAAUAAAAAAAGGAAAGAGUACAAAUUAUGCAACAGUCCGCAUCGCGCCGAUUAUCGUGGCGUACCUAUAGCGACGAAUGUCAUCGCCGCAAGGCAGACAGCAGUAAGGACAUAUCGAGCAACAGGAAUUCAUGAUGGCAGCGCGUGGUGAUGAUGGUGGCGUCGGCGACGGUGGCUUUCGAUUGUGAUUGUGAUACCGGUGAAUUUGUUGCAUGCCUCUCUUAGAGGGCCGCAUUCCUCUUGCCGAAACUGAAUGAUCGCGUUGUCGACGAUACACUGGGUGUCACAUGCACCCAGUGCAUCGCGAGCCGCUUGCCUCGCGAUUAUCCUCGCUAUCCCUGGUAUCCAUGGACACGCUAUUUGCAUAGAGCAAUUGUUUGCGGAGGCGCGUUCGCUUCCCACGCGAAUUCAGAAUUCAGAACCCGAUUGAUAGUGCGUGGCUAAAUCAAGAGAGAAGAAAAGAGAGAGAUAGAACCGUCUUUAUAUAUGAAAUCAUCACCACGUUGAGUCUCGUCGGAUCUGCAAAAUAAUUCAAUCGCUUUGAUAUCUCAUCACAAAGAGUCGAGUUAUUAAUGAAUAAUCUAUGUAUAUAUCGGGUUGUGUAAUAAGUGAUUUCGAAUUUUUCGGGUAAAAUGUAACGAUUGUAUUUUGACGUCGUUAUAAUUUGUGAAACAAUGCAUGUGAAAAAAUAGCAGAUCAUAAGUCAAAACGGCGCACACGGCAUUUCACAAGAUUAUAAUAACAUAGAAAUACAAUUGUUCUAUUUUAUUUGAAAGAUCCGAAAUUACUGAUUACACGAACCAAUAUUUGUACACGUGUCCUCCUUAAUUAAAUCAGAUGCGCUCUUACAUAUGACGAUAUUAAUUCGACCUUCUCGUCUCGAGAUUAUGAAAUUUCGCUUUUGUCUCACGCGAGAAAUGUCGCGAUCAGCCCGACAUGUUCGUUGUUGUCGCUGCCGCGCGCGCAGGAUCGAAAUUCCGAGCGAGCGAGAAAGUUCUGACGUAAUUUGCACCCGUCGAGUAUAAGCGCUAAUUAGACAAUUGUGUAAUGAAUACGCCGUGCUCGCGAGCGCGCAUCGAUCCUGCGCGGAUCCCUCGUCGGUGUAAUGCCGGGUGCAACGCGUGGAUUCACAAUCCAGCUCGUUUGUUCACGCUCAGGCCGUCAAGGCGAUUCAACAACGCGCGGUGGUAAUUACAUAGGAAAAGGAAAUUCAUCUCUAUUUCCUAUUUUUUCCUGCACAUGUCCACGGAAGGUAAGAGAGGGUAGCACGAUUACUUCCAGGAUACGAGAUCCUUCGUGUUUCACAAGCGUCGCGUGGUUCAUGAAAUCGCUCGAAUUAUCUGGAAAGCGGAGUUACAUCGGCUAUACGUCGCGUUAACUCAUACAACCCGGGAAGUCACUAUAACGUUGCAGCAAUUUUGUGAAAUAUCACUACAAUUAUUAUUAUCAUCCACGUUUUCCAUACAAAUUAGUAAAAAAAAAUAAAUUUGAAAAAAUAUAUAAAAACUUAAAACAUCUUUACUAAUAAAAAUUUAACUUUAAAUCAAAGUUUCAAAAAUAUAGAUACACGAUUAUAUUUGUUAUACAAACUCUUUUAAUAUUUUAAUAUUAUAUAUUUCAAAAUUUAUCCAAAUAGUAAUAGACAUUUUGUUUGAUGUUUUGACUUUUUUCUUAUUAUUAUGUACAGAGUAUGCACACAAACAUUUUUUAUUUUAUCCAAACACACUGUAUAUUUUUGCAUAAUUUUAUCAAAAAUAAAUAAAUUUAUUCGUGAUUCUUAAUGUGUGUGUGCAAAAAGAUUUCUAUUAAUUAAGAAGCAAAAAUUCGGGAAGCCACUAUAGUAGUGCGACCGGUAUAUCAUGUUUUUUACUAAUCUAUUUUUUAACGUAUACGAAAAAGUCAUACUUCAAAGAAACUGUAUAAGAGUCAUUCAAAAAAACCGGCCGGACUAUAAGGGUUAACAAUCGUCUUACUGUUGUAUUGAGAGGACACAGCGUCAACCGCUGUUUCGGAAUACAAUUGAACAAGUUAGACGCCACGAUAAAACCCUACGUCUGCUGGUAAUUAACAAAACACCGCGGCGAGGGAUAAACUCGCUUCGUGGCCGCGGUGGAAAGUCGCGGAAGAAAGCUCGUCCAGCAACAACACUCGAACGUCGACAAGAGCUCACGCGCUUUAAUUGCUUCCUUGACUAUCGCAAAAAAAAGAAAGAUAAAAAGAAGACGCGGGAUGCUGUUGCGUUUCCCCCAGAAUCAACGACGCGUGUAAUGCGUCCCGAUUAUCGUCGUGUAAAAAUGCGAUGCACGUUCGACAACGUCGGGAGAAUCAAAAGAACACCGGUCGAGUCGGUCUCAACGAAUGGUAUCCGCGCUACACAACUAAUUACAACUUAAUUCCGUUACAACGUGAUUCCAUUUGUUACAUAUUGCGAAUUGCAAUCCUCUCGCAAAUAUUCCGCGUCUAUCAACCGCGGCGUGGUCAACCGAACUCGUCGAAACGAAACGAGAAAAAGUAAAUACAGAAAGAGAGAAGAGAAAAAAGAGAAAAGACCUUUUGCUUUCCGCACGCGCAACGCAUUUUACACGACGACGAUGGUUAUUCUUAUUCCGCGCACAUGUCACCAUCCCGGUCCCUGGUCCCACCGCCAGGGACAAUGCCAUUGCCAUAGUGAAACAGUGAAAGUAUGGUCAUUUUGCUGGUUGUCGCUUUUGCUCUUCCCACUCGCUCUCGCACGCACGCAUGCACGUACAUACGCGCGACACACGUAUCGACAGUUUUCGCGCUAUCGCGAUAGUCUCGUUUUGAAUGCUGCGCCUCUCAAAGCUGUUUCUCUCCAGCUGACCGACGACGUGGCGCGCACGGUGAAACUAUUACACAGCACGCGCCGAAGAUGAAAGCGCGAUGCGGACUCUCCUAGGGAGCAUCAUCUGUCUCCUGUCAGCGGCUAACGCAAGGACCGCGAUAAUGCCGCCACCCUGGGCCGAUCCGUCGAGCAACCCUUGCGCCGCACAACCACGUGGCUGGCAGCUGCUUUAUUGGCCGGCCGACGGGAAGUGCUACAAAAUAUUCCAGAUCGGCGCUCCCUGUCCGGAAACUAUGGAGUUGAGUCCCGCGGCUGGAGGAACGAUAGCGGAGUGUAGGUGUCCUCCGGGGACCGCGCAGUCACCCCGGGACGCCCUGUGUCAUCCGAUAUUCACGAGAGCAUCCUGUGCGAAAGGCCAGUUCUUCGCGCCGGUACCAGACACGCCCGGCAAAUUGGGGUAUCAACGGCGAUGGGGAGUCUGCCGCAACCCCGAGCCUUGCGGUGAGCAAAGUGAGAUCUAUUGGCCCAAAGACGACAAAUGCUACCCGAAGCUCAGUAAAGGACCUUGUCCACGCGGAGAACUCCUUGUUAGCGACGAAGACGGCUUAGCGACUUGUUCAUGCUCGACGAGCGGCGAACUGGGCAGGUACCAUUGGCUGGGAAACGGUGGCGGCUGCCAUGAACACUACACGAAGGGCCCGUGCUCGGAGCUAGGAGAGCUGUUUCUCCCGGGUGGAACGUGCGGUUGCCACUCUCAACUACCUCAUUAUCAUGAGCCGAGCGGAAUGUGCUACCAGUUGGGUGGAGUCGGUCCAUGUCCGCAAGGACAUCACUUUGUGGUCACCACGGACGCCCGAUCGACCAUGCAAGAGGACGUGGUUCGUGCCAGAUGCGUCUGUAAACCUGGUCACGCGUUGUAUAAAAACGGACUUUGUUACAGACUGCACACGAAGGGACCCUGCGAGAACGGCUACAUGCUAAUCAACUCGUCUAGCUGUGUGCCAAUACCCUGCAAACGCGGCAGACUAUAUUUCCCGCAAGAACGAACUUGCUACAAGAUCGGCACGCGGGGACCGUGCCCGAACGGGCAGAUAGUGCUGUAUGACCACAACGUAAGACCGUCUCUCGACGGGAUCAGUUAUAAUGGAGUGUGCGGGUGUACCAACGUCAUGAGGAACGCGGGUAGAUGCGUGGAGGAUCAGAGCGACUGCGAGAGCACGCCCGGCAUGGUGAUGAUCAACCGGACCUGCUAUAAACUGUACACACAGGGUCCCUGCACCGCGGGCGAAUGGUUAGUCGCACAGAGGACAUCGAAAAUCCGGCUUUGGCAAGAGGAACAACCACGACCGAAGGCUAAGUGUGAAUGCCGGCCUGGUUAUAAAAGGAUUGUCAGCAGCACGGAGACAUUGGAGGAGCUGGAGAGUAAUAGUCUGAUCUCGCCGAACGGCUGCCAGCCACCCGCGGUGAGCUUGGCGAAGUUUCUUAACGAUAACGUCAAGUCAAUCGUGAUCUGAGCAGCUCAAUAAUUCGUACUUAGUACGUUGUAAUACAUUUGUAAUUUCAUAUCUCACACGAAACGCACUUGUCCCAUUUUCACACUUUCACGUAACACGCGUAUGUGUAUGUGAUGUGUUCGAAUGAUAAUCGAAUUGAAAGAAUGCUAGUGAGGAACUUAAUUUUGUACAUAUAUGAUAAUGUAGGGAUUACUAUUUCAAGUUGUUCAUCUUAUCACGCUUGAGUGGGAACGUUAUUUAUUAACUUAUUAAGCAACAGCGAAACCUGAAGUCUCUCGAGAGACACGUGCCACUUAUUCUCACACGAGUCAUCGUAUGUUGUGAAUGGAUGCAGACGUACUUACUCGUUUUUGUGCUGUAAGUCGCGAACCUGCUGCUGCAUCCCUUCCAUUUGUUGGUCCUUGUGCACCAGUUCUCGCUCCAACGCGGCGAUCCUUUCUGUUUUCUCGUCCAAAGCCAUCUGUAAGAAUCACCGAAUAUAAGUGUUUUUAUGAAAGU